GGAUGUCUAUGCUAUGAGAAAAGCAUUACAUGAUUGUUUGAGUGCCAAAGGUAAAUUCCAGAAAGUAUGAUUCAUGAUAAGUUCUGUUAAUAUUCACCGUCGUUUUUUCGGCUGUCAGUGGGAGCUUUGAGGAAGAGGCGCUUUCGUCCGGUUUUCCCAGUCCCGCAACUUUCCUCAAACCGGCGCCAAGAACAGCACCGUAGCGCGACUGUUGGACUCAGUUGGUCGGACCGGUGAUUCGGUGCACAAUACCCGGCGCUGAGAGUGCCGUGGGUAUCUGGCCGAACACUCCGUCUCUGCCACGGGCCGUCGAGUGGCUAUAUCUACCCCUCUGUGAGCCUGUCAUCAGUCGGCGGCCCCGCAAGUGUCGACCACCUGAGCGGCCGAGUGGCGACACAGGUGCUCUCUGUUCACCUCACCCCGGGCGGCGAGCUGUGCGUCAGUUGCGACGGGACCGACCGACGGGCACGCCACCACCAUGGCUGAGAGCGCCGCGCACCAGGAGACAGACGACAGACCUGAGGUGGACUCUGGCCCGGCCAUGGACGCCGCCGGCUCGGCUGGGGACGCCGCCAAACCAACUGUGGACGCAGCAGACUCAACUGUGGACGCAGCAGACUCAACUGUGGACGCAGCAGACUCAACUGUGGACGCUGUAGACUCAACUGCAGACGCUGCCAAAUCGGCUGUGGACGCCGCCAAAUCAGCUGUGAAUGCCGCCGGCUCGGCAGCCGGCGGACGGCUGGAAGCCGCCUUUGACUGGCUCCAGCGUACGGUGGACGCCCGCCUACCGGCCCUCAGCGACCCGGUCGCCAAGGCGCGGCCGUUCGUGCUCAAACAUCGCGAGAGGAUCGCAGGCGCCAUCGCGUUCGUUCUGCUCUACCUGGCCUUCGGCUACGGCGCCGGCCUACUCUGUAACCUGAUCGCGUUCGUCUACCCGGCGUACGCGUCCAUCAAGGCGCUCGAGUCGACCCGCAAGGAGGACGACACCCAGUGGCUGACCUACUGGGUGGUGUACGCCGUGUUCGGCACCGUCGAGUUCUUCUCCGACAUCCUGCUCAGCUGGUUCCCGUUCUACUGGCUGUUCAAGUGUCUGUUCCUGGCCUGGUGCGCGGCGCCCGCCUCCUGGAACGGCAGCCUGGUCGUGUACCGCCAGCUCAUCCGACCCUACUUCCUCAAGUACGAGUCGCAGGUGGACGAUAUCGCCAACGAGGUGGCCGAAAAGGCCAAGAAGUACGUCGAUCUCUCUGCUGAGAAAGCUCGGGAGAUGGCCGCCGACCACGUCACCAAGCAGGACUAAGGUCGGAUAGGCGCGGUGCACCGCCGUAAAGACAUCUCGCUGUGAGAACGAUGCCAAUUACUUGCCGGUCGGGUGGCGGCGGCACUCCGCCCAUCCAGAGCCAGCUCGUUUGAGGACAUGUUAUUGGGCCCCGCUUCGCCCCAGUAUUUUAGGCAAUCGAUAGUUGGUGAAUAGGCGUAUGGUGCGGUCUUGUUCGUUGGUUGGCUGGCUGUGCGUCUCAGCAGUCUUUCGGAUAUGGUUCCAGCUAGGUAUUCACAAUCGGCAUGCAUGCAGAUGAUGUAUAUAUUACGAAUUCCAGUAUUGUGUGACACAUACCCUAGCAUAUGCAUGGUACGGCUUAUCUGAUGAGCGUAUACCACCAGCAUUUAAACACCUUGAUUGCUCAUACUUCGCGGAGGGGCGCCGAACCGACGCCGUGUCGGCCGGACCGCGGUGUGCCUCGGACAGCGUUCAGCCGGCCGCCGGUCUAGCCGACUGUCCGGCGGGUGACGGGCGGUGGCGGCAGCCGGACGGUGAGAGGGCGGAGCCGAUAAAUACAUUGAAGCCGUGGUA